AGAGACAGCAGCGAAGUCAGUUUGAGGUUGAAGCCUAGCAACACAUACGGGUCACGUUGAUCUCGCAUUGCCCAACAGCAAGCUGACUUCAUCAGUGUAACCUGGAGGGGAGAUUGUACAGGACCAAAACAAGCCUCUGUACAGAUUGUGCUUGAAGUAUUCUUCAAAUGACGGAAAUAGAGGAAAGCAUGGACUCCUCUGACAGCCAUGACAGCGCGACAUCAGGGAAGAAGAGCGGACGAACCUCGUUGCUGGACAGCGGGGAGGACUUUGAGGUUUUAAAUGAAGAAGAUAUUGACGACGAGCCCCCUCCUCUAGAAGAUGCUGGGGGUGGGAAGGGGAAAAACACAGAUGAGAGGACUAAUGCAGACACAGAUUCUGAUCCUCCAGGUCCAGUGGAAGAAUGGCUGGAUGUAUUAGGUAAUGACCAGCUGAAGAAAAAGGUCCUGGAGGAAGGAAAAGGGCGAGACAGUCGCCCACAGAAAGGACAGAAUGUCAAGAUUAAUCUCAGAACAUGUUUAAGCGAUGGGACACUUGUAGAGGAGCAGUCUGACCUCUCUUUUACUCUUGGAGAUGGAGAUGUCAUCCAGGCUCUGGAUCUCACAGUCAUGCUCAUGGAAAUGGGAGAGAAGGCCCUCGUCCAGGCCAAUGCAAAAUAUGCAUAUGGUGAACGGGGGAGUCUUGAACCCGAGGUUCCCCCCAAUGAAGAAUUGUCUCUAGAAGUGGAACUACUGGAAGCUUCUGAUGCCCCGGACCUGGAGCUGCUGCCCCCUGCAGAAAAAACUGCCUUGGCCAUUCAUAAGAGAGAGAGAGGCAAUGUUCAUUACCAGCGUGGGGACUAUGCUUUCGCUGUGAAUUCAUACAGCAUUGCCUUGACCAUAACAGAGUCUAGUUCUAAAGUUGACAUUACUCCUGAGGAGGAGAGUGAGCUGAUGGAUGUAAGAGUGAAGUGUUUAAACAACAUGGCUGCCUCUCAGCUGAAACUGGACCACUAUGAUGCAGCACUUAAAUCCUGUGUCUCAGCACUGGAACACCAGCCAGACAACAUAAAAGCACUUUUCCGCAUGGGCAAGGUACUAGCCUUACAAGGGGAAUACGCAGAAGCCAUUCAAACUCUGAGGAAGGCACUGAAGUUGGAACCAAGCAACAAGACAAUCCAUGCUGAGCUCUCCAAGCUGGUGAAGAAGAACUCGGAGCAGAGAGGAGCCGAGCAGGCGCUGUAUAAGAAGAUGCUGGGUAACCCCGCUAGUAGUAGCAGCAGCAGCAGCUCACAGAAACACCGGGCCAAGUCUUCAUGGGGUCUCAGCUGGAAAUGGCUCUUCGGUGCCACUGCCGUAGCCCUUGGCGGUGUGGCGUUAUCCGUCGUCAUAGCUGCUAGAAACUGAACCAAGUCUGUGCUGAGUCUGACCAAGCCCCUGCAAUGUGAGCCUCAACACAGAAGCACAUCUCGCAGCCUUCUGAUCUUUGGUCGAGGGGGGGAGGAAAUGUCUGUUGGUUGGUCAGAUUCCUCUCCACUGUCAUUUGUUUCUCUGCUAUGUUUGAGAACGAGUUGAAAUUAAUAAAACGUCAAUAUUUGCAUAUGGAAACUUUCUAAAUGUGUAGGUUUAUGCAUAAACACGCUGCCAGACACUGCUUUCUUUUGCUGCCAUUGUUUAUGUUCUUGGUGGUAGGAAAUUGCUUAAUGAUCAUCAAAGUGUAAGAUACUUUACCAUAGAUCAAGAUAGGAGCUAUUUAAUCAUGUUUUCCCAUUAAGGAAUAGCUGUUGUGAUAUAGUCCUUUUGUUAUGCUAUAGUUUAAAACGCCAGAUUGUUUAGGUAAAUUAAUAUUUACUAUCCAAGAGAAAAUAUGUGAUUUCACUUUGAUUUUAAUUAUGGUACAAUGUUUAAUCUUGACUGAUGUUAAUGCAGAUGUUAUAUUAGAGGUCCACACAAUGGCAAUCUUUCUGACUUGUAUGCUAGCUCUUAAACACUCUCUACAGACUCUAUUUAUAUGUUAAGUGAUCAGAAAAUAGAAUGCACCGGUCCUGUAAUGCAACACAACAGCACACACAUUUUUUGUUGACUGAUGCCAAAGUUUUUUGUGUGUUUUUAAUCAAUCUUUGUGUUUUGAUCUGAACAUUGAAUCUAUCUAAGAAAAAAACUAUGAAUGCAGUAAAACACAAUACAACAAACUGGAGCCCGAGAACGUACCAAGGAAUGAAAUCAUUGCGUUUCUGACGCUGUCAACAGCAACAAACAGAAACAUAAAUCAACAUCAUUGCUCCAGUGUUUCUAAAUGCUUGGUCACAGCUUAAAUAGAUGUUCUUUUAUUGAGGUACAGUUUUAACACAGAACAGAGGAGCACAUCGUUUCUCUGUGAUGUGGCUAUGAGUAACGCUAAAGGAGAGUUUAUUUAUAAUAAUUCAGUUUCUAUCAAUUAUACCUCAAUUUUUGAUGAUUAAGACCAAAUGUUGAAGGAUGACCAUUUAAGUACAAUGUUGGGUGUUUAUUUGUUCUUUCUCUCUUUUGUCCUCUACUUUUUUGCCUGUGAAUAUUUUUUUUAUUUUGGUGUUUAUUCCAUUUCUUUUGGUUAUUGUUUUCUAACACAAGAGUUGAACUGACACUGAUGGAUCUGUGGCUUCUUCAGAGUAGAUUGCAGGCCUAAAGAGCCAAAAGUUGCAUACAAAUGAAGUAGUUGUGAAAGUUCCCAGCAUUCCCUGUAUUUGUUAAUUUUAUAUUCAUCACAAUAAAAUAUGUCUGUUAUCAAA